AUCGCGAAUUCCAUCGUUUGGCAAGAGCGUGGAAGAAGUUGACCUCGAUCACACCCAGCGAACAAUCUCGAACCCGCCCAUCUACCUCCCACACCACCGUCAACAUGGGUCACGCUGCAGGUCUCCGCGCUGGCACUCGCUAUGCCUUCUCGCGCGACUUCAAGAAGAAGGGUAUGAUCCCUCUCUCGACCUACCUCAAGCAGUACCGCGUCGGAGAUAUCGUUGAUGUUGUGGCCAACGGUGCCGUUCAAAAGGGCAUGCCAUACAAGGUCUACCACGGUAAGACUGGUGUCGUCUACAACGUCACCAAGUCCGCUGUUGGUGUCAUCCUCUACCGCCAGGUCGGCAACCGCUACAUCGAGAAGCGCAUCAACGUUCGCGUUGAGCACGUCCGACACUCGCGUUCGCGUGACGAGUUCUUGGCCCGUGUCAAGACCAACGCCGCAAAGCAGAGGCAAGCUAAGGAGACUGGCGAGCACGUCCACCUCAAGAGACAGCCAGCUCAGCCACGUGAGGCCCGCACUGUCAGCGCCAAGGACAACAAGCCAGAGAACGUUGCUCCUAUCGCAUACGAGACCACUAUCUAGAGAGUUUCGGCAUUUUUGGUUGGGCGCAUGUGGUGGGAUGGACGAAAUGAUACUCCAGGCAUUGUUGAGCAGAUUUGGCAGUCAUGGAACUGUCUGCUGACUCCGCCGUUCUCCAUAGUGAGCAAAACAAAACUACAUGUUUGAAACGCCA